GCUCCACCGGUCUUGCCAUAAAGAGGCCAACCGCACUGGAGCCCCAUUGGUCAAGGAUAGGGCUUUGAGGACCAAUCGAGAAUUCCCAAACUCCCUCCUCGGGAGUCAAUACUCUUGGAGUUUUUCGAGCAACAAGUCCCAUUUAGUGUUGGUGACCGGCAGCUAAUGGUUUAACGGUUGUUGGUCGUCGUUUCUCCCUCGCCGUCUUCAGGCUACAUGUACUGGCCGUUUCUUUUUUAGUGAAAGUCCAACAAAAUGUCAGUGGCGCCCUCUCGCUCGAACAGCCGAAUGCGCCAGCACGUGGACGCAAUCGAGGAGAAGAGCGUCCAAGCCCAAAACGGCGCUCCCGACGACGCUGAGACGCCCAAUGAGAAAAAUGCGAACGCGCUCAGUUUGGUGCCGACCGCAGUGGACGACGUCCAGGACAAAGCGGACGAGCUGAGCGACGACGAAGAUGACAAUCCUCCUCCAGUCAGUGCCGUAGGCGGGUACUGGGGGCAGGGCCCUCCAAGUCCAUUGAUGGCGGACAACGCCAGCGACGUGUCCUCCAUGCAGGCGCCGCCGCUGCGCCCCAAAAGCCGCGGCGAGCUCGCCGCCAGCAGGUACUCAAACUUGGGCUACUGGAAGGCGCGCCGCGUGAUCUUCUACAAGAAUGGCGACCCGUAUUUUCCGGGCGUCGAGUUCCGGUUCAAGCCCGGCCGAGACAUCGUCAAUCUGGAGUCGCUGCUGGAUAAGCUGUCGCUGCGCAUGGACCUGCCCAGGGGCGCACGGUACAUUUUCUCCAUGGACGGCGAUCGCAAGUACCGCUUAGAUGAGCUGGAAGACGGCGCCUCCUACGUGGUCUCCUCCUACAAGACGUUCAAGGCGGCCAGCUACGGCAAGAAGAACGGACUGUGGAACCAGCCGCCGGGCGGCCAGAGUUGGAGCAAGGCGACCAGUCGCAAGGCUUCCAUGGUGGAGGCAGACGUUUCGGCGCCAGGCAGUGGCUCCUUGAAGCCAUCAUCAGGCCGGGUGAUCCGCAUCGUCAACAACGCCGACCACACUGUGCAGUGCCGCGUUUUGUUGAACCUCCGCACCUCACAGCCCUUUGAGGAGGUUUUAGAAGACUUGGGCCAGGUGCUCAAGAUGAGCGGCGCCCGCCGCAUGUACACGGUAAACGGCCAGGAAGUGCGCAGCUUUUCUCAGCUGCGGAACGAGUUCGCUGAUGUUGACACCUUCUACUUGGGAGCCGGCCUAGUAGGGCCCGUGUCCACUCCCGGUGUGUUGCUGUCGCCGGUCAGAAGAGGUCGCGCCCGCAUGCCACACAGCGCCCUCGUCGAGGACAUUAGCAAGCAGCGCCGCGCUAGAAGCAAGAGCCGCCCGCGCGCUCUCUACGCCCCCGAGAGCGAGAUAAUCCGCGCGAACGACUACACGCUGUUGGAGGUGAUGAAGGAGGAGCCCAUUCGGGUGACCAUAAAAGGGCUGCGCAGAACCUUCUACCCGCCCAGCCACCAUGCGCCCAUGGACAACUCGCCCCCCGAAAAGAAAAUGCUCCUGGAGUGGGUGUACGGCUACCGGGGCACUGACAGCCGCAAGAACCUUUGGGUGCUCCCUACCGGCGAGCUGCUGUACUACGUGGCGGCGAUCGCCGUGAUGUUUGAUCGGGACGAAGACACGCAAAGGCACUACUUGGGACACACUGAGGACAUCCAGUGCAUGGACCUGCACCCUUCCAGAGAAAUGGUCGCCUCUGGGCAGAAGGGCGGCCGCAACCGCAAGACGCAGGCUCACAUCCGCAUCUGGAGCACCCAGACCUUGCAAACGCUCUACGUCUUCGGAAUGGGCGAGUUCGAGCUCGGGGUGGUGGCAGUCGCUUUCUCCUUCCUGAACGGCGGCAGCUACGUGCUGGGCGUGGACGGAGGCCGGGAGAGCAUCCUCUCGGUAUGGCAAUGGCAGUGGGGCCAUCUGCUGGGCAAAGUCGCUACCCUUCACGAAGAGGUCACUGGAGCGGUGUUCCAUCCGCUGGACGACAACCUCAUGAUCACCCAUGGRAAGGGGCACUUGACCUUCUGGAACCGRCGCAAGGACGGGUUCUUUGAACGCACCGACAUUCUGAAGCCGCCGUCGCGCACCCUGAUCACCUCCCUGCAGUUCGAGCAGGACGGCGACGUCAUCACUGGGGACAGCGACGGCUUCAUCACGAUUUACAGUGUGGACGCGGACGGCGCCUACUUCGUGAAAAUGGAGUACGAGGCGCACAACAAGGGCGUCGGCGCCGUCGUCAUGCUGUCCGAAGGCACCCUGCUCUCAGGCGGCGAGAAGGACAGGCGCAUCGCCGCCUGGGAUUCCCUGCAGAACUACAAGAAGAUCACCGAGGUCAAACUGCCCGAACUGUUCGGGGGAGUGCGCUCGAUCUAUCCGCAACGGCCCGGCCGCAACGACGGCAACAUCUACGUGGGCACCGUGAAGAACAACAUCCUGGAAGGCUCAUUGCAGCGCAGGUUCAAUCAAAUGGUGUUUGGGCAUGGGCGUCAACUGUGGGGGCUGGCGGUCCAUCCUGAUGACGAGGUGUUUGCCACCGCCGGUCACGACAAGAACAUCGCCCUCUGGCGGAAGAACAAGCUGAUAUGGACCACGCAGGCCGCCUACGAAUGCAUUGCGCUCACGUUCCACCCCUUCGGGGUGGCGCUGGCGGCCGGCAGCUCUGAAGGCCAUCUGCUGAUCCUCAAUGCGGAGACCGGGCAGAUUGUGAACACCAUCAGGGUGUGCGGGUCGCCUCUCAAUUGCGUGGGCUUCAAUCCAAGUGGCGAGCUGAUCGCCAUUGCGUCACAGAAUGGCAGCAUCUACCUGUUCAGGGUGAGCAGGGACGGGUUCUCGUACAAAAAGGCGAACAAGAUCAGGGGCUCGCAGCCCCUGAUGCAGGUGGACUGGAGCUCUGACAGCAGCUACCUGCAAGCGGUCACUGCCGACUACGAUCUCUCCUUUUGGGACGUCAAGACGCUGACGCCGGAAAAGAGCCCCAUCGCCAUGAAGGAGGUCAAGUGGGCCACCCACAACGCCACCGUGGGCUUCAUGGUUUCCGGCGUCUGGAACAACCGCUUCUACCCGAUGACCUCAUUGGUGAGCACCGUGUGCCGGUCAGCGGCGCACGAUUUGCUGGUCAGCGGCGACACUGACGGCUAUUUGAGGCUGUUCCGCUACCCCUGCCUCAGCUCCAAGGCCGAAUACAACGAGGAGAAAGUGUACAGUGGCACAGUGGCGUGCGCCCGGUUUCUGUUCAACGACCGCAACGUGGUGACAGUGGGCGGCAAUGACGCCUCCUUGAUGCUGUGGCAGCUGGCGGAGGACUAGCAUACAGUUUACCUGCCGACGAUUUCGACCAGGCACGCCGCCAGGUGGGGACACAGUAGCACGGCUCGGCAAGACUCGGACGACUCCGAGCUGGAGGCCGAAGACAGGGAGCAGGAGGAGGAGCCGACUUAUCGAAUUUUGAACCUGCAUUUCUGAGGCUGCAGAUGGCGCUGUUGAUUGGAAGACUGCCAAUUUGGCUCCUCUUGACAAGGAGGCUCCUCCACCAUGUGAAUAGGGCGGCACGGGCAAAACGCACACUUUCAUUACGAAUUCGUUUACUUAUAGAACCUUUAGCAACAAUAAACACGUGAAUCCUC